AUGAACGGGCUGCGGGGGGCAGGGGGCAGCACCCCGAGGGUCCCCAGGAGCCGAGCCCAAGGGCUGCAGCCCAUAAAGACACGGGGAACUGUUUCGGCUGGGGAGAAAACGUCACCCUGGGCCAGGACCCCCCGAGGGGACCCUGCUGCCCCGCACCCGGCCCCCCGGACCGGCACCCGCUCGGGGGGAGGUGGGCUGUGCCGGGGGGCCGGGCCGAGGGCAGGGCUGCCGGGGGCUGCCGGGGCCGGGGGUGCCGUCGGGCCGCUGCUGACCCGCGAGGAACGCGGUGAGUCACGGCACAGGCAUCCCCGCGGCUGCAGCCCGGGCUUCGGGGUGAGCCCGCUGUGCACCGUGCCAGGACACCCCCCGAGCGGCCCCGAGGCAGAUGCAGCCCCCGGCCGGGCUCUGAGGGCAGCCGAGGUGCCGGUGCUGCCCCCGCGACCAUCACCGCGGCGUCUGGGCACGGGACGGGGUGGGCAGGGCACGGUCCCCGGCUCUGGGGACGCCAGACGUGAACUCAGCCUGUGGGAUGACGUGAGGCUGGGAGGUCACCCAGGGCCAGCAGCACAUCCCAGCCCCGCUGCGGGCUCAGCCCGCUCCGUCCCCCCGGGCGGGGAGGGAAGGGGGCAGCCGCUCCCGCAGGCAGCUCCCGCUGCAGCCCUGCCCCUGGGGAAGCUGCUGUUCUCAGCUUUAUCAGCUCACCACAGCUUCGUGCUGCAGAGAAGACAGAGAGGUUUUUCCCAGCAGUGCCUUAUCGAGGCGCUGAGCCCCGGGUGCUGCUCUGCCUCGGGUCAUGCUGCAGAAUUAGAGGGAAAUGGCUUUUGGGGCAAGAAAUGCAAAUUCCUGGAAGAUUAUCUGAGCAGGGCAGCUGCCCCCAGCACAGGCUGCUGGGAGGUGCAGUGGGGCCAGGACCCUGCUGGGAGCCAGCACAGAGUCCCAGGAGGGGACAAAGCCCAGAGCAUCCUCCACAGACCAGCAGCCAGAGCCCUCCUGGCUGUGCCCUCGCAGCCUCCACGGCUGGAUGUGGCCUGACCAGGCUACAUUUCCCCAGACCUGGCAGCCUCAGCCUCCCACAGAGCCAGAGGGAUGCUCUGGUCCCCAGCCCAGGCUGGUGCUGCUGGGGCUGGAUGGACCUGCCCAAGGGGCUGGAGACGGAGAGAGAUGGAGAGAUCGUUCCUGGGAAAGACAAUGCCAGAAGCUGCUUUGCCCCCACCCCUCUUUCUUAUGGGAACACAGGCUGUGACUGUGCUGGUCACUCAUUCCCCUCCUCCCAGGGACUUCUGGACCUGCUGGUCCCUCCAGACUGAGGAGUGCUGCAGAGCUGAGAACCACCAGGCAAGAUGCACAGACAGGAGAAACUGACUCUCCAAUCCUCCCCUCACAUGAAGGGAAAGGCAGGAGCCUGCCCACAACCACAGCACCAGACAUCAGAGAAUCCACAGCAAAGCACCACAGAGCAGCCCUGGCUCCCCAGGUCCUGCUGCUGGAGGAACACCCUGAUAAACCAGCCCUGUCCCCAGGGUGCAGGAUGUGGCCCCUCACACCACAGCACCCAAACCUCAGCCCAGGGCUCACUGCAGCACCCAUGGGGGAAAUUGGAGUGACCCCAAAUCCAGCCCUGAAGGGGUCAAACCCUUUGAAUUCCCAGAGCCCCAGGACACAGCCCUGGCUCUGAUCCCUGUCUGAUGGCAGCCCAGAGCACAGGACCCUCAGCCCCCAGAGCCACGAGGCUGACAGAGGCCUCAGGCUCCUUCCCCUGACAGCAGAGCAGGAUCCUGCCGUUGGGCUCUGCUCAGAUCCAGCCCAGGGACGGGCAACCCCGAGGGGUCCCUCGGGCCCUGCUGCCAGCAGGGGCCAGGCUGGGUGCAGGGGCUGUGGGGGAUGGGGCAG